AUGUCAUCUGAGGAGUACCGCCAAUUCUGGUCAGGAUUCAUUGAUCUGUACCGUCAGAACGAGUGCCUGUGGCGUGUCCGAAGCCCGGACUAUGCCAACAGAAUCAAGCGGAAUCGGGCAUAUCAGCAGCUUAUUGAGUACAGUAGAGGCAGAAACUCUGAUGUCGAUGUGAAUUGGGUGAAGAAAAAAAUUUCAAAUUUCCGAACAGUGUUCGUGAAGGAACGCAAGAAGGUGCAAGAUUCACAGCGAUCCGGAGCCGGGACUGAUGAGGUCUAUAAACCGACGCUAUGGUACUAUGACCAAAUUCAGUUCAUUAUAGAGCAAGAGGCGCGGGUAAGGUCACGGGACGCUCUAGAUCCAGAGUCUCCAGUUCUUGUCGAAGAGGAGGCCCAGGAGAGUCUGGAUCUGGAUGCUACCCCGGAGCUGGAGGUGGAGCCUACCACAGGCCAAGGGGCAGAAGUGGAGGAGCCGGUAGCGGAGCCGGUGGCACCCCCACAGGCGCGCCCAGGAAGACCGAGGCGCACGGCAAGGAGGAACGCUUCUGCCCCCUAUAGCAACCCCUCUGGCUCCCAGCAGUUUUUUCAACGCGCUGAGGAGGUUUUGCAUAGGCCCCCGGAUGCCGAACAACAAUUUGGCAAUUUCAUUGCAUCGGAGAUGCGCCUGAUGACGGAUGAUCAAAAAUUCAUCCUCCAACGAAUUGCAAAAUCCAGGAUUUCCCAGGACAAAUCUUUACAACAUGGGAUUCUCCCUAGAAAUGUAGGGCAGCUGGAUACUGUGGCUUAUUCAUAUGCGAGGACCAAGCAUGGAAAUCGCAUGGAUUUGCCGGCCAAGGUGGUAGCAUCUGCGGAACCAGCUAGGCACUUCAGUGAAUGCACUGACUGA